AGAGAGAGAGAGAGAGAGAGAGAGAGAGAAUGAUGCUGUGUAGAACGAUAAGGACAUUUUUCCCACGAGGACUACCCACAAUCACCCCUGUCACCCCUGCUGCCACCCUACUAAGGCCCCUGCACACCACUCAUGCCAGGCCACUCAAAGAAAUUGUGGUGGAGGAGGAGGCCGGGGGGGACACAGUGGUGAGGGGGCAGUACCUCCCCUCCCCGAAGUCAUCUCUGCUGCUCAAGCCUGACAGGGAGGCAGGGAAGGCGUGUCCACUCUGUGCCCUCGAUCUGGACGUCAAGCACACUGACGUCCUUAUCCUGUCCCAGUUCAUGCGUGAGGACGGCAGUGUGUUGCCACGACGGGUGACGGGGCUGUGUGGCAAACAGCAGAGACGACUCACCUGGCUGGUCAUCAUGGCACAGAAAGCAGGUCUAAUGCCAAACCUUGCCCCUGCCACCAGCAAGAGAGACCCAAGCAAGAGACAGCGAUCUAAGAAAUUUAACCGCUAUUUUGACGAAAGCACCCUGCCACAGUGACCCCCUGCCAAUCUCUCACCCUGCCAUACCCUUCCCCCUGCCAAGCCUUUCCCUGUCAUUUCUCUUUCUUCUUUUACUCUUAACAAAAAUAUUCUGCCACAGUGACCCCUGCCGAUCCCCUACCCUGCCACAGUGACCCCUGCCAUACCCUACAGCCCUUACCUAUUUAUCUUUCCCUCACAUCUUCUUUUCCCUUGUUUCCCCUCCCUCCCCUUGUUCUUCCCCUCCCUCCCCUCCUGUAUUAUUUGAAAUGGUGUUUCUAUGUACAUAUUUUGACAGCUGCAAUUGUUAUCCGUAAAUAAAAAAUUGUAAUAAAUAAAUAAAUAAACUGAUACAAAAA